AAUGCUCACCAUGGUAGUCAAGUCAACUCCUAAUAGUCUUCCAUUUGGGGCUAUAAGCUUGUUGAUGGGGGGCUUAAUUUACCUGCCAUUGACAUUGUAUGAUCAGAACUGCAAAUCAAGCAUCAUGGCUUGUUCAGUUUGGCCAGCAUUAUUGAUCCUUUCAGCCAUUGUUAUGCUCCUCAUUUCUCCCAAAAUCACAGCCCAACAACCCACAUACAUUUACCACGAGUGCACGAACACCUCAACUUUCACUCCCAAUUCUGCCUUCUCAAUAAACCUCAAUGCCACUCUCUCUUCUCUCCUCUCAAAUGCCACCCUCACCAAUGGAUUUUACAACACCAGCAGUGGUGCCCUGCAGGGCCCUGAUGCAGCCAAUGGCCUCUUUCUUUGCAGAGGAGACAUCUCUCUUAGUUUAUGCCAAGCUUGUGUCAAGGCCUCUAGUGAAAAUAUGACAACCCUUUGUCCAAACCAGAAGGAGGCCAUUAUAUGGUAUGAUGAGUGCAUGUUGAGAUACUCAAACAGAUCCAUUUUUGCAGUUAUGGAAGAAUGGCCGACCGUUCCUUUGUCGAACAUAGACGAUGCUUCAAAUCCAAGUCAGUUUAAUAAGGCUUUGAGCGAUUUGAUGGGCAGUUUGGUGUAUAAGGCACCGGAUUCUAGCAAAUUUUUUGCAGCUGAAGAUGUGAAUUUCACAACUUCUAAUAGGCUAUAUGGACUGGUGCAAUGCACUCCUGACAUUGUUUCAUUAGACUGCAGAAAGUGUUUGGUUAAUUCUGUUAGUGAGAUUCCUAGUUGUUGUGAUGGGAAGCUAGGAGCUAGAAUUUAUAAGCCCAGCUGCAACAUCAGGUUUGAAAGUUACCCCUUUUACACUGAGGCCUCUCAACCCCCCCUGUCUCCUCCACCGCCCAGAGGAAAUAGGAAGAUCUCCUCAGUGACGGUUAUUACAAUUACAGUUCCUGCAGCCUUUGUUUUCAUAAUAAUUUUAUCCGCUUCAUGCUAUUGCCUCCUCAAAAGAAAAAAAUACGAAGUUGCAAAUGAGGGAAAUGGCGGAAAUGAAUUUUUGGUGGUGGAAUCUUUACAGUUAGACUUGCAUUCCAUUAUAGCUGCCACAAGCAAUUUCUCUGAAGGAAACAAGAUUGGUGAGGGUGGAUUUGGCGAUGUGUAUAAGGGUACACUUCAUGAUGGACAGAUGGUAGCCAUUAAGAGGCUAUCAGAAAGCUCACGUCAAGGUUUAAAAGAAUUUAGGAAUGAGGUUGCUGUGGUAGCCAAGCUUCAGCACAGAAAUUUAGUGAGGUUGCUGGGAUUUUGUGCUGACGAAGAGGAGAAAAUACUUGUCUAUGAAUUUGUGCCCAACAAAAGCCUUGAUUACUUCCUUUUUGAUCGAGAAAAACAAGGGCAAUUGGAUUGGUUAAUGCGUUGCAAGAUUAUAAGAGGAAUUGCUCGAGGACUCCUGUAUCUACAUGAGGAUUCCAGGCUCAGGAUUAUACAUCGUGACCUCAAAGCUAGCAAUGUUCUGUUGGACGAGGAUAUGAACCCGAAGAUAGCAGAUUUUGGCAUGGCUAGGGUUUGUGGGGUGAAUCAAAGUCAAGGAAACACAAGCAGAAUUGUUGGCACAUAUGGUUAUAUGUCUCCUGAGUAUGCAUUGCUUGGAGAUUUUUCAAUCAAGUCAGACGUGUAUAGCUAUGGAGUUCUAAUACUAGAGAUCAUAAGCGGUAAAAGGAAUAGUUCUUUCUAUCAAUCAGAUUAUGCAGAAGGCAUCCUGAGCUAUGCCUGGAGACUUUGGACGGAUGGGAGACCACUGGAGCUAACAGAUCAAGGUCUAGGCAAAUCUUUUCAUCAAAAUGAAGCCACCCGAUACAUCCAUGUUGGAUUAUUAUGCGUUCAGGAAGAUCCGGCAGACAGGCCUAUGAUAGGAACUGUGUUGCACAUGCUUACCAAUUUCUCUGUACUGCUCCCAAUACCGAAACGCCCAGCGUUCUGUGUUCGCAGCAGGACAGUGAGUUCAAGCAAAGCCAUGUCUUCUUCUGUAAAUGAAGUUUCCAUAACUGCACUCUACCCUCGUUAGAACAAGUACAUUCAACAACACAAAUAAGGCUUGUUUAUGGUUUAAUAUAUGUGUACAAAACAUGUUAAGGAGCUCUAGCUCGAUAAUUGAAUUCAUUGAAGGAAAAUUGAACAUAAAUUUGAUUGUGAUCCAGCAUAGGUGAUUCCCAAUCAUCCAUCUCCAAGUCCGGUUGCACGACAAAUGCCGGUUUCGAUGGAAGAGGGAGAGAUAAAGAGCAGCUAGUGAGCAUGAGAACAACUGAAGCCAUUGUAGGUCUAUUUGACACAUUUUCUUGAACACAAAAAGAAGCCAAUGUGAAUACAUUUCAUCUCUUCACUGAUUGAACCAACUCAUAGUAGGGUCUAUCAUGUUCAAAGCUGUCCCCUCGUUCCAAUUUCUCCAUGCCUGUCAAAAACAUUGAUAGUCAGUUUAACCCGUAAAAAGGAACAUCUUGGCAAUUGUAAUUUCUUUAUGUGGCCCUUGCACGGUUGUAAUUUCUGAUUGAUUAAUUAUUAAAUAAUAUUUUUUAAGGAA